AUGCCUCUUGUCGUUCCUCAUCUCGGACCCCGGGUCAUCCUUGGGCUGAUGACCUUUGGCCCUGACGAAAAGGCCGGGGCACGUAUCACCUCUCUAGACGAGUUUCAGAAAUGCUUAGAUUUUCUGACGGCGAAUAAUUGUUUUGAGAUUGAUACUGCUCGUGUGUAUGUUGAAGGUCAACAGGAAGCCUUCACUGCACGGGCUGGCUGGAAGGAGCGCGGUCUUCAGAUUGCAACCAAGUGGUACCCCCGAAACCCUGGCGAUCAUAAGCCAGGCGUUCUCCGGCGCAAUCUGGAGACCUCUCUGAAGGAGCUGCAGACUGACUGCGUCGAUAUCUUCUACUUGCAUGCCGCUGAUCGUUCUGUACCGUUUUCCGAAACGUUGCAGGCGGUAAAUGACUUGCAUAAAGAAGGAAAAUUCGUGCAACUAGGGCUAAGUAAUUACACGGCCUUUGAGGUUGCCGAGAUCGUCACCAUGUGUCACGAGCGCGGCUGGGUGCGCCCGACAGUCUACCAGGCAAUGUAUAACGCAAUCACACGCUCCAUCGAAGCCGAGCUAAUCCCGUGCUGCAGGCGAUAUGGAAUGGACAUUGUUGUAUAUAAUCCCCUUGCCGGAGGCAUUCUUUCUGGUAAGUACAAGACAGCCAACAUUCCGGCGGAGGGCAGAUAUAGCGAUGCCCAUGGCGUCACCGGAGACCUAUAUCGCAAUCGAUACUUCAAGGAUGCAACUUUCGACGCUCUCAGGGUCAUCGAGCCGGUAGCAGAGAAACAUGGUUUGACUUUAAUUGAAAUUGCUCUGCGAUGGCUAUGUCAUCACUCUGCCCUAGCUAUCAAGGAUGGUAACGAUGGCAUCAUCGUCGGCGUCAGCAGCCUAAAGCAGCUCGAGGAAAACAUGGCAGACAUCAAAAAGGGCGGCCCAUUGCCUGAUGAUGUGGUCGCUGCGCUAGAUGAAGCAUGGCUCCUUGCAAAGGCUACAACAGCAAACUACUGGCAUUUAGAUCUUAAAUAUACAUAUGAUACAACUAAGGCGUUGUUUGGCUCUUAG